GAGAAUUAUAAGCAGCAAUUAUUUGUAUCCUUAUAUUAUAAUUGAAAGAUAUGAGCAAGUUGGUAAUCUGCGCGUUCCUAGCGGCCAUAGGCUACCAGUGCUAUCUGGCCGACGAGAGUCCUCGCGAGGCGAUCAAGAAGUUUUACAAAGAAGUACGGGUCGAGGUGUGUAAUCCGGAUACUUUAGACAACUCCAUUAUAGGCAAACUGUCGGACUGUAUGCAGACAUUCUUUCAAAUUGAACAGAUGGCCGAUCAUGUGGACAUGUACAUAGAAUUGGUUAAAGAUUGUUUCACGACAGAUGAUUUGAAACCAUACACCAAGGUCAAUGUGACCACUAAUUUGAACAAGCUAGUUCUAUCGAGUUGGUGUUCCCGAGGGUUCGUACGGUGCAUGGGAAAGAAAUUUCAAGAGGCUAAACAGGAUCAGACCGAGGAUGAGGUGGACCCUGACAUCUAUAAGAAAGUCAAUGGUGAACAGGUGGCUGAGUUCAAGUUCAUUAUCGUAGCUUUCCUGGUGGCCAUAGGCUACCAGUGCUGUCUGGCCGAUGAGAGCACUAAGGAGGCGAUGAUGAAGUUUCACCAGGAGAUGAGUGCCUCGGUGUGUAAGCCGGACACCACCGAUAACGCCAUUAUGGGCAAGAUUCUUGAGUGCAAGAAAAAAUUCUACAAUAUAGCCGAUGACAAACUGGCUGAACAGGAGGCCAAGUACACCGAAAAACUAAAGGAUUGCUUUAAGGACGAUGAGUUGAAAGCGUACACCAAGGUCGAUUUGAAAAGUAAUCUUAACAGGAUCAUAUUGUCCACGUGGUGCUCCCAGAGCUUUAUGAAGUGCAUGCAUGAGAAGUAUAUGAAGGCCAAGGAGUCCAAGACCGAGGAGCAGAUGGAGGAGUGCCACCAAAAGAGCACUCCUGAGCAGAGGGCAGAGUUCCAGACUUGUCUCAAGAAAGCCGUUGGUGCCUAG